UUCUUUUGGUGGGGAGGGGCAGAGAGAGAAGGAGAGAGAGAAUCCCAAACAGGCUCCACACCCUCACGACCCUGAGAUCAUGACCUGAGCCUAAACCAAGAGUCUGAUGCUUAACUAACUGAGCCACCCGUGCACACCAUCAUUGUGGAUUCAAGGUUCCACAGACUAUGUGGCGGAGGGACUCAAAGGGCUCACAAGCUCUCAGAACUACAGGCGGGUACAUGUUAACUCCGAGGAAAAUUUGUGCAGCUUUUAUGAGACUCUCAAAGGGUUUAUGAUCAAAGAAAGUUAAGAAUCAUGAUCAACUUCACAUUCUUUUGGUCAUCUAUUCAUUGUGAUAGUAACAGCCAAUGCUAAUUGUGGCAAGAGUAAGUCAGGCAAUAAUGGAGAUUUGAUAUGACUUUCAAGAAAAGUGAAGCCACCUGUUUCAUAUUCUAAGUGGUGAAACAAAUGUUUUUGUCCCUGCGUGAAGCAGGAACAUAAACAUCAUCAUCUGACCUACCUAACCUAGCAGCCCACAGAGCUGGUGGGGCAUGAGGACUACAGCUAGCCUAUCACCCUUAGACAUCUUACAUUCUGCGGUCUGAGUAGGGACUUUUCCAGAGUAAUCUAAUCCCAAAGGCAAGGUCCUUCCUUGGAGAGAAAGGGUGCUCUGUCCCCAGGAGGACCAAGGUGGUAGCGUCGGGGCUGAUACCAUCUCCAGUCAGGCCAAGUCUUCCAUUAGAUUAAAAAGGAGACAUGAUGUCUCCUUAUAUACGCUCUUAUCCGGCCAGUUGGUAUUCUGACUUUGCUAAACCAAAUGCCUGUUUUUCUUGAGACACCUUGAGGUGCCAGUGGGAUAUGGCCCUGGGUCACCAGUGGAAAUGAGCCUCUGGGUUCUUGGUAUCUGCACGUCACUGGCUUGGUGCCCCAAGGCCCAUGCUGCCACAGCCAACCCUGCUCCCAUGCCAGAGGGAAGUGACGGUCUUGAAAGGCUGGGAGCCCCAGGCAAGAAAGGCAGCUGUCUGGUUUUUGCUACGAGUCUCUCUGCAAGGCUGGCCCUGGCCCCCCUGAAAGUGGCCCACCCAUCUGGCAUCCCAUUUCAACCAGAUCUUUCAUUUGUUAAGGGAGACCCUUUGGACCUAAGCUGCUAGUCACAAAAGCUAAAGUAAUGGUCUCUUCCGGGGAUCUUAAAAGAUUCCUGAAGAUGAGGAAGUCUUCAGGGAACCAGACCCUGGUGGUGGAAUGUGGCAUGCCAGGUGAUGGAGAGCAAGCUGGGCUGGGCUGUGAGCAGAGCUGCCUGACCCCCUGGCCACCACUGGCUCAGUCACAGUGCUGGGCAGCCACGCACUUCCUGUGCCUGGCUUCUCUCACAUCUAAAUCUAGGCAGUGGAGGGCAAGAAAAGAGAGGUGGGACUGUCUCCCCAGGUGGAAAAGUCCUGGUCAUCCCCCAAGCCCCUUCUGGUCUCCAUAAGUCUCCUCAGUGGAGCCCCCUGGAAGGGGAUAAUGCCUUAGCUUCCACAAAGAGCAGUUCAGGGGUCGAAUUUCACAGUAAAUGAGGCACAGGAUGGGUUGGGAAGGCAGGCCUGCCCACCAUGGAGCAGUUCUACAUUUCCAGAAGGGCACUGCCCCCACUCUAGUACAUGGUCACCUUUGCUUUCAAGACCAGUUGGUUUUCUAGAUCAUGUGCAGGGUCAGUUAUGUGUUAUCUCCCAGGUGCGUGAGAUCCUUAGGAUUCUGGGGGCUAAUUAUGGGUUUUUCAUCCUGCCUGAGCAGUUACCCCUCGGCACUGGCUGUCUCCAGGCUACUGGACCACGCUGUUGCUGGGCACAACAUAGGUAGGUUCAGGAGAUGCCUGUUUGCCCCCUAAAAGGGGGCAACGGGUUUGCAGGAGGGCAGAAGCCAUCACCCUCAGCCCUGACCAUAAUCCCUGUUUGCCUCCCAGGUGUUCACGUGAACGUAUGCCAUGGCUGACGAUGACUACAUCGAUUCCGAGUUCUUCAACACGUCCAGUGACAGCAGCCAGGGGCACAAACACUUCCUGGAGUUCCACAAGUUCUUUCUGCCCUGCGUGUACGUGGUAGUGUUCAUCUGUGGCCUGCUGGGGAACUCCCUGGUGCUUGUCGUAUACCUCUUCUACCAGAAGCUGAAGAGCCUGACAGAUGUGUUCCUGAUGAACCUGCCCUUAGCUGACCUGGUGUUUGUCUGCACUUUGCCCUUCUGGGCCUAUGCCAGCAUUCACGAGUGGGUCUUUGGCAAGGUCAUGUGUAAAACCCUAUUGGGCAUCUACACUUUGAACUUCUACACGUCCAUGCUCAUUCUCACCUGCAUCACCAUGGACCGCUUCAUUGCCGUGGUUCAGGCCACCAAGGCCUACAACCAGCAGGCCAAGCGCAUGGCCUGGGGCAAGGCCAUCUGCUUGCUCAUCUGGGUGAUCUCCCUGCUGGUUUCCCUGCCGCAGAUCAUCUAUGGCAAAGUCUGUUAUCUCGACAAGCUCAUCUGUGGUUAUCACGACGAAGACAUAUCCACUGUAGUUCUUGCCACACAGAUGACACUGGGGUUCUUUCUGCCACUGCUUGCCAUGAUUGUAUGCUACUCAGUCAUAAUCAAGACCCUGCUACAUGCCCGAGGCUUCCAGAAGCACAAGUCUCUAAAGAUCAUCUUCCUGGUGGUGGCUGUGUUCCUGCUGACACAGACACCCUUCAACCUUGUGAAGCUCAUCCGCAGCACAAGAUGGGAGCACGACACCAUGACCAGCUUCCACUAUGCCAUCAUAAUCACAGAGGCCAUCGCCUACCUGCGGGCCUGCCUCAAUCCUGUGCUCUAUGCCUUCGUUGGCUUGAAGUUUCGGAGGAACUUCUGGAAACUUAUGAAGGAUAUUGGCUGCCUCCCUUACCUGGGGGUCUUGGGUCAAUGGAAGUCUUCUGAGGAUGCUUCUAAGACCUAUUCUGCCUCUCACAAUGUGGAGGCCACCAACAUGUUCCAGCUGUAGGCCUUACGUGGGCUUGGAGAACUGCUCAGGAACUUAUGGGAGCACAGCUGUGUGCUCUGGAAGGGAGGAGGAGGACUUUGUUUAUGGCUUGCACAUUCUCAUGGAGAAGUCACCGAAUGCUGUAGCUGGUGUGGGACGCUGCUUCUCGGGCAUGAACACAUUCUGCUCUGCUCUUGAACCCCUAGGCCUAAAGCUCAGUGGGGGUGGAGGGGGGGUGUGGCAGCAGGGAAGCUCUAAAAACUAGAAGGGCUUUCCUUCCUCUAUCCCCAAGAAUGCUGGCUCCAAGGGAAUGUGUGGCCCUUAAGACCUCAGGU